UCAGUACUUAAUUUUCAGUCAGUGUAAACGUAUAAACGUGGCCUUGUUUUCAGAUGGCAAUAGAUCUGAAAUUCUCUAAACCAGAUCCAUCCUCCAAUUGGGGGUUUCGAGUGGUGGGAGGAGCUGAUUUUCAACAACCGUUGGUCGUUGUCAAGGUAAAUGAAGACAGUCUUGCUGAGAAAGCUGGGCUAAAAAUAGGAGAUAUAAUUGUGAAUGUAAAUAAUAAGUCUACAGCUACAUUAACCCAUUUUGAAUUACAGCAAGCUAUAUCUUCUGCAGGAGUUGAAUUCAUUCUUGGAAUUAAAAGAGGCGAAUUUGUACCUCCAGAAAUUCUACAAGAUGAGGGUAAAGAAAUAGAAGUUUUUUUGAGAGAUGUCCAAGUGCUAGUGGAUGAAGAAAUUAUCGAUAAGGCUGAAGAACUUGCGGAAACGCUAGGAAAAGAAAUUUUUGCAGAAUUUGGACAACACAAAGCAAUAAAGACCAUGACUAAGAAGAGCAACGAAAAAUUGAUGUUUUCAAACUCAACUCAAACAUAUAUACCUACUGAAGACAAAUAUAAACAAAACAAAUUCUCAACGUUUUUAAUAAAGCCCGAACGACCAAUCCCAAAGCCCCAUAAGGUGAUAGAAGAAGAAAAAAUUAUAGAGGAAAAUGCUUAUAAAAUAACUAUAAAAAAGCAGUCUAGGAGAAAAUAUCUGCCAAAAGAAAAACGAGUGCAAUUUGACCAAAAUAUUUCUGAGGUAGAAUUUACAAGUUACGAUGCCCCAGCGGAGAGGGAUGGCACACAUUCCCCGGAGCUAGAUAGUUUAGGCUCUCAAGCUGAACCAGAUUCUUUGGAAGAAAAUAAUAACGAAGAAUAUUAUGGUGCAGAUAACAUUUACGAAAGGGACGAGGAAAAAUAUUCUAAUGAAUCCGAGGAAUGUUCUGAAUGUGAUGAAGUUCGCGAAUAUGAUGAUGAUGAUGAUAAUUUUGAGAAUCUUAGAAAAGAUUCCAUAGGAAUGGGAAUGAAAUUUAAACCAAUUUCUGAGAUCAUAGUCGACCCGAACUCAGAUCUUUCAAUGACGCUGGAGGAGCAGCUAAGAGCAGUUCAAAAGCAACUACAAGCUCUUUCACAACUUCCGUCUGCGGUUCAAUUAACAUUGGAUGCUGUUUCUAAGCAAUUAGCUGAAAUUGUUAGUAGUAAAGAGGAAGAAGAGAAUGAAAAUGAUGAAAAACAUAGUGUUGAAGAUGAAAAUGAUCACGAAGAAGGAACCGCUUCACAAGAAGCGGCUGAAGCUGAAAGUGGGGAAGAUACGAAUUCAGUAGUUGGAGAUGAACUGGACGACGAUUCAAUAGCAGAUGAAGAGUUAAAAGCAAUUAUGGAAAGAGCCCGAUUUGAUGGUGAACAAGAAGAAGAAACAGCACAAGAAGAUUUUGAAGAGCUUGCGAGGAUUAAACAAGAAGAAGAGGAAGCGAGACAAAGAGCAGAGGAAGAAAGACAGAGAGAAGAGGAAGAGAGCCGAAGAGAGGAGGAACUAGCAGCCAAAAAAGAAAAGGAGAUGGAAGAUCAACGAAAAGCAACGUUCAGACCAAUAGUCCUUCCCGGGGGGAGAAAGUGGAUAGAUCCUGAUGAUGUCGUACCGACCAGAAAACCCAAAAUGACUGAUGCAAAGAUAAUGGAGACUAUAGACAGUAAUUUGGAGGUCAUUGCAGGGAAAAGAAAAGGGAUUAACUUCAUGAAAUAUACCCCACCCUCAAAGAAUUUGGACCAUUUGCAAAACUCUGAAGUAUACCGCCUCAUCCAUGGCAUGAAACCACCUACUAGAGGUAUAACAACGCGACCUGAGAAGAUAUUACCAGAGCAAGAUUAUUAUCAGGCAGGCCACGAAAAUGCAUAAGUCAUAAAUUAGUUUUUAUUGUAUACUUAUUUUAGGAAUAAAUUAUUAUUUAAGGA